AGAGACCAGCAGGAGUAAGCAGUAGCAAGUAGUAAUCGUUAUACGUUGUCAAAAGUAUCAGGAAUGGUCAGCAGCGGUCAACAGAGGUCAGCGGAAGCAGGUAGAAGUCAGUAGUAAUCGUUAUACGUUGUCAAAAGUAUCAGAAGUGGUCAGCAACAGUCAGCAGAGAUCAGCUGAAGCUUGUAGUAGUCAUUAGAGGGAAAAUUCACUAGUAUAGUAGUAUGGCCGUAUAUCUGUCGAAAUAACAAGUGGCCAGACCUAACCAAAUCACUAAAACCAAUUGUCGGAGUACUGAUUAAAUUAAGUAAUUAGAUUUAGUGAUUGGGUUAGGUUUAGCUAUAUCGUCGCCUAGUGAAGGGCCACUUGUGGUCCGGAACGAGUGCGGCACUAUGCACACAUAAGCUAGAUUAGAUUAAUAUGUUAUUGAAAUUGGCCGAAUUUAAUCUGUUUGUCCACAUUAAAAUGUCGACCUUAAAAUCGAAGUACAUUAAUUCUCAUAACUAGUUGCCAAAUAUUCUCGAGCGUGAAUCAACAUUUACUGUUGCCAAAACUGUAGCGAUCAUCGUUGUCAUGUUUAACAAGUUUCGUAGCGCAUUUCGUUUCCAAGGAAGACUAUGGGUCUGUUCAUCUCUGUAGAAAAUCUAAACAAGACCAGUAUCGUUGUCUAAAUGUACCAGAAAAUUAUCUUCGUAUUUUCAGCUAGAAUACUUACGUACAUAUCCUUGAACGUACAUAUUUGUGGAGUCAGUUUUCAUUUUUUGCCUUAUCUCUGUACCGACGAAUGAUAAAAAAAAAAAUGGUUCAAGUAAACGUUAUUCGGUUCGAUAAGAGCUAUUCAAAUAACAAAAUAAUAAUAACAUGCCCUGUUUAAACAGUAGCCCCGACGAAAUUUAUUCAGAAAAAUAAAGCCUGAACGUAGAACGCGAUAAUAUUAAUGUUUUGUAGAUUACAUGCAUGUAGCAUACUAUUAUUUAUUAGAUAUAAUACUACUGUUAUACGUACGUCUAUGAAGUUAGCGUAUUUGAUAGUAGUAUCGUCAGGUAGCGUUUCUGAUAUUUGGCAAAGAGCCGACAUCUUUCUUUCUUUCGAGGUCGCUCUCUUUCCCUCUUGCAUCAAAUAGUAUUUUUGCCACUGUACAGAGAUUCUCUGGCCGUUCGCGCGCAGUAUGCUAGCUUGCUUCGAAGUUUUAGUACGCGAAUAGAAAUAAGACAACUUGUAUUAACCUCGUUUGCCGAUUAAUAGAACGACGCUCAUCCGCCUUUGAAUAAUUUUCUCCGUAUCGAUGCAUACGUAUUAUAAAACCGUCCUCUAUGUAAUCUCGUUACGACAUAUUUUCGGCAUAUUAUUUAAAAAAUUCGUGCAAUCGAGCGAACCGUGUCGCCCGUAACUUGUUCAAAAAUUUACUAAUCGAGUAUCGUAUCGAUAAUAAAUGAAUUUAAACGACUUGGCCAUGUACCCUGCACAAAUCAUGAGCACCGUACGCAUCGAGUAAUAUUUAUUUGAGCAAAGCAGUUAGUACAUACGUGUCAUAACGUCAAACAGAUAAUUAUACUUGGUACCGGAGUUUUACGUCUGUACAUUAAAUUCAGUUAACGGCAACGCUACGGCCGAGACCAGAGUUUAUAGUCGUCGAAGAAAACACGGCAAUCGGGUGUAUACUUCAGAGUCGAAAAAAAAAGAAGAAAAAAAAAACUUAUUCGUAGUUUUAUUGGAAAUACAAUUUAAAGUGGCGUGCGGGGAGAAACUAAAAGUUGAAAAAUGUCGAGCAGAGGCGUUACGUCGAUGGAAGAUGACCUUUAUGUUUCCUUACGGCUGCCGAAUUUUCUUAUAGAUCCUGAAGACGAAGGAAGCGAAAGUCCAGUAUUCGGUUUGGAAGGUAACGCGACAGCUACAGGUGGUGGAACCUCAUUGAGACUCGUCCCGCACGAGUUACCCAAUGAAAUUUCAGCCCCCUACGAAGUUCCACAAUUUCCGAUCGAACAAAUCGAAAAGAAGCUCUUGAUACAAAGGCAAUUGACCGUUAACCGUAUACAUAUACAAGGAAGUAAAGACCAAGAAGAAUUAUCUAACAUGUUCGCUGGUGCGAACGAAUCGAAACGAUGGCUGAGGGAUAAUAGGAUACUCUUGAGAGCCGCCAAGGAUUUAGAGGAACGUCGUAGCCUUUAUGAACCUUCCCUUGGACCUGGCGUACCAGAUGACAUCGAUCAUCUGUACAAUCUCGAAGAAAAUGACUUCGUACCACAUUUUCAAAGAGUCUCCAUAUCGGGGGAAGAUACUUCCGGGGUGCCGUUGGAAGACCUUCAACAGGCAUCCCAGAUGCUGGUUCAAGCAUUGGCAAUACGUGAAAAAUACAUGAACAAUUCUAAACAGAGUUUCCCUUCGAUAACGUCACGAUUUCUGCGUAGCAUCGAUAAAAGGCCAGUAAACAGCGACGAUGAGAUUCAACACGACGAUCGUAAAGCCAUUGCUGAUCAUCCGGUACAUGCGCCUGCAUCUCGAGGAGAUCCUUGGGACUGUGUAUUCCCUCAGACGAAAAAUUACAUAAUUGCACCCGUUAAUGGCGUGUUCAACGUGUACGCGAACCAAGACGAUUAUGUUAACGGAAAGCCAGUUCCAUAUUCGUAUCCUGACUUGGCGAUAUUUGUCAGAGACAUGAACCUCCUGUGUGCGAUGAUCGCAGAUGGCCCAUUGAAAUCUUUUUGCUACAGAAGAUUAAGUUACCUUUCGUCUAAAUUCCAAUUGCAUGUAUUGUUGAACGAGCUUAGAGAACUUGCGAGCCAAAAAGCGGUUCCCCACAGGGACUUCUACAACAUCAGAAAGGUCGACACGCAUAUUCACGCAGCGUCUUGUAUGAAUCAGAAACACCUGCUCAGAUUUAUUAAAAAGACAUUGAAGAACCACGCGGAUGAAAUUGUUACGUGUUCAAAGAAUGGGGAAACGAUGACUCUUCGAGAAGUAUUUCAAUCCAUGAAUCUGACCACUUACGAUCUAAGCGUUGAUAUGUUGGACGUGCACGCGGAUAGAAAUACGUUCCACAGGUUCGAUAAAUUCAACGCCAAGUACAAUCCGAUUGGCGAGAGUCGAUUGCGCGAAGUAUUUUUAAAGACGGACAAUUAUCUGAACGGCAGAUUCUUCGCGAGCAUUAUUAAAGAAGUUGCCAGCGAUCUGGAAGAAUCGAAAUACCAAAAUGCGGAAUUGCGUCUAUCGAUAUAUGGAAAGAGUCCGGAAGAAUGGGACAAAUUGGCAAAGUGGGCUAUUCAGAGCGACGUCUAUUCCGAUAACGUGCGUUGGCUUAUACAAAUUCCUCGGCUAUACGAUAUUUUCAAAUUGAACAAGUUGAUGACAAACUUCCAAGAAAUCUUGAAUAAUAUCUUUUUACCCCUGUUUGAAGUAACGAACGACCCUACUUCUCAUCCAGAAUUACAUAAAUUCCUUCAAUAUGUGAUAGGAUUUGAUUCGGUCGACGACGAAAGUAAACCUGAAAAUCCUUUGUUCGACAAGGAUGUUUACCCACCGGCCGAAUGGGACGACAUAGAAAAUCCUCCUUACGGAUAUUACCAGUACUACACUUACGCAAAUAUGACUGUUUUGAAUCAUUUUAGAACAGACCAAGGGCUUAACACGUUCGUUCUCAGACCUCAUUGCGGCGAGGCUGGGCCCAUACAACAUCUUGUCUGUGGCUAUAUGAUGGCAGAGAACAUUUCCCAUGGUCUUUUGCUUCGAAAAGUACCAGUAUUGCAGUAUUUGUAUUAUUUGACGCAAAUUGGGAUCGCAAUGUCGCCUCUCAGUAAUAACUCUCUAUUUUUGAACUACCAUCGAAAUCCCCUUCCAGAAUACUUAGCGAGAGGUUUAUGCAUCAGUCUUUCUACAGACGAUCCUCUUCAAUUCCACUUUACCAAGGAACCUUUAAUGGAAGAAUUCAGUAUCGCUGCACAAGUAUGGAAACUCAGUUCAUGCGAUAUGUGCGAAUUGGCACGUAAUUCGGUACUUAUGAGUGGUUUUCCACACAAGAGUAAACAAUAUUGGCUUGGACCGAAUUAUACUAAGGAGGGAGUAGCUGGUAAUGAUAUUACACGAACAAAUGUGCCAGAUAUCCGGGUGGCCUAUAGAUACGAAACGUUAGUCGACGAGUUAUCGAAUAUUUUCAAGGUCACUGAAAAACCAGACGCCGUUUCAUUCUAACCCCUAGCGAUAGUACAAAGAAUUCUAUGAUAUGAUAAUUAUUACUGUGACUAUAAAUGAUAUCCAAUGAAAUUCAAUAAAAUUAUGACGAGGACUAUUUCCAGCGUGAAACCUAUAAUGCAACCAGUUAUGUAAUUUUAAUGCUAAUGAUUUUUAACAAUUUUUGAUAAUUCCUUGGUAGAGCAUAUAUUAUUUUUAUUAAAUGUACGAUAUCAGAAUUAUUUUUUUAACAUUGUUUGUAAAAAUAUUAAGUAAAAUGUUAAAAUGUCUCUAUUGAACGUAAAUUAGAUGCAGGGAUCUGUACCUAACGAAAAGUAGAGAAUAUUUUUUAUUUUUGCAUUUCACGAUGUUUCGAGUACAAAAAAUGAAUUUAUUAUGAAAACUGAAUGUAGACCAAAUUGCAGAAAAUAUGUUUCGCUUUUAGAUUACGGGCAUUCGACGUAAAACAGAGAUCAAUUAAUUUGACGUUUAUCAUGGACGUUGACCAAUUUAAGAAUAGUUAGGUACUAGAUAGGGUUCCAAUUUCCGACUGUUGCAAUCUUCAAAAUGUAUAUUAGAUCGAAUGUUGUUGCACGAUUUCAACUAUAAACCGAAUAUUAUAUUAAUUUAAUGUUAAAUACAUGCAAGCACCGUUAAAUUCAUUUUUAACACUCGAGCAACACUAAAAUUGGCGACCCUGCUUUUUCAAUUUUUAGCUUUAAUUUAUUACGUUUUUAUACAUUUAUACAGCUAUUGUGUAUACUAUUUGUAUUUAACAAACGUACAUUAAAAAAAUACGUCUAAACCUGUAUAUGUAUGUUUAUCUCGUGAUUCGUAUAUACAUAUAUUUUUUGUAUCAUAAUCAGCAUGUAAACCACUACAUUUCAACGUACUAAAUUCUGUAUAUUUUAAAAACUAACCGAAGUUGCACGACAAAAAAAUUGUAUAACUUAUUUCGAAGUUAUUUAAAUAAUGUAAUCACGAAUAUUUUAGCUAUCAUUGUCGAUAUUUAUUUUCCAAUGUAUUUUUUCGAUCAACGAAACUUUAUUAGCAAUUAUAUGAUACUAUAUGAAUAUUCAUAAUAUGACCUAAUAUUCCAAACAAAUUGUUACUAAGUAGAAAAACUAUAUAUUUAUUGUAUAAAAUAUAUUCUAUAUAAAAAAUAUAUUCGUACCGUUAAAAUAAUUGUGUAGCUAUUCGAUACCAAGAACCACCGUUAAAAUAUAUUUA